UAAAUAAAUAAAAAUUUGACAUCCAAAACGGAAGUAGCUCCUUCCUCCUGUGCCGGUAUAAUUUUCUCUCUAAUGGACUGCGCUUGUAGCAAUUUCAGAGCUUCUUCUCUUCUCCUUCCAUGCCCACCCUCUUCUCGCUUUUCACUCUCUUCUUUCCCUUCCAAGUUCAGAUUUUCGAGACUAAAGCGUUUCGACCUGAUUAAGCAGCAUCUGGUGAUCAGAAACGCUUGUGGAUUCGACGGAAAUGGCUCCGCUAAUGGCUCUCCCAGCAUGCCCAACAAGCUUUUCAUCAAAGAGGCUAUUGGAGCUGAAUAUGGGGAAGGUUUUGAGACUUUUAGACUAGAUGGGCCUCUUAAGAUUGAUGUGGAUUUUUUGAAUGAAAAGUUGCAAGAAGGUUUUCUUCAACGGAUACGCUAUGCUAUGAAGCCAGAUGAAGCUUAUGGUCUUAUCUUUUCAUUUGACAAUGUCGUGGCAGAUACUCGGGCUUUGAAAUUGAUGGCAUGGAAGCAGCUUGCCUCAGAAGAGGGUAAAGAAAUUCCUGAUGAUGGUGAAUUGCAAAGAGUGAUGCUAUAUGCUGGUGCUGAUCACGUGUUGAAUAAGCUUUUAUUGUGGGAUGAAGCUGAAAGCGAGAUGGAUAGACUGAGUUUAAGAUUUUCGGAGCUAUAUUAUGAAAAUCUUUUGAGGCUUGACAAACCUAUGGAGGGCCUCAAAGAGUGGCUUGAUGCUGUAUCCACUGCUCGAAUUCCAUGUGCUUUAGUCUCUAGUCUUGAUAGGAAAAGCAUGGUUGAAACUGUGGAUCGAAUAGGACUCCAAAAGUAUUUUCAGGCAAUUGUAACAGAGGAAGAUGGCAUGGAAUCCAUAGCUCAUAGAUUCCUUUCGGCAGCUGUGAAGCUGGACCGAAAACCAUCUAAGUGCGUAGUGUUUGCGGAUGAUCCAAGAGGCAUAACUGCUGCCCACAAUUGCACCAUGAUGGCUGUUGCAAUAAUUGGCGCACACCCUGCGUAUGAUCUAGAGCAGGCCGAUCUUGCAGUAGCUAGUUUCAAUGAACUUUCGGUGAUCAACCUAAGAAGAUUAUUUGCCAACAAGGGGGCCACUUUCAUGGACCUUCAAAAACAGAUAGUUGAGAAAUCUCCACCUAAAAGGAAGCUGACUAUUGAUACCAUUUUCUGAUUCUUUUUCUAUAGUAUUUCUCCUUGUAAUCUAGUUGUUGAUCUUCAUUAUUUUUUUUCUGUUCCUUUAUUAUAGUUAAUUCUUCAAUUUUAGCUGUAUGCGUUUACCAAAUUAGAUGUAUCCAAUUCUUAUUGAUGUGAAAGAGUGAAAAAGAAAGUAGAAGUAUUACAACUACUAA